AUGCCAGUUAAACUGGAAAUGGAAAGGUCGCUUCUGGCUUUUCUUCGUGUGUUUGCUAUCAAGGAAGGGGUCCACGGUUUGUUUAAGUGUUCAGAUAAAGGUAUGUUAAAGAACAUGAGCCGGUAUGCCUUGUUUAAUAAUGAAUGAUUUCGGCGCAGGGGGUGUGCCGCCCCAGUGCUGAUGUCAGAUGCUCUGUUGCAGCAUUUCACCGUGCGGGGUGUCAGAGCGGCUGCUUGCCUUCAGCGCCUUCUCCGCGUUACACAUGCGAUCCUGCCGGCCAAGAUGCUUUCCAUUCUCAAGCAAUGCUCCUUAUUCAUCUCGAUCCUUUCUUUUUUGGCUGUGCCCGGUCAUUUCAAAAGGAUAUUUAGAUGUCCUUCCACAUGUACUUGCUCCAAGGAGUCUAUAAUUUGCGUCGGGUCUUCGUAUAUCCCACGGAUUAUCCCAAAUGAUAUCAAUUCACUGAGCAUCGUUAAUGGAACCUUCUCUGAAAUUAAGGAGGCUAUGUUCUCCCAUAUGCCGUCUUUACAACUGCUGCUUCUUAAUUCCAAUUCAUUCACCACCAUAAAGGACGACGCAUUCUCCGGACUUCCGCAUCUGGAAUAUCUGUUUAUAGAGAAUAAUAAGAUUGAGACAACGUCUAGGUAUGCUUUAAGAGGCCUUCGGGAUUUGACCCACCUGUCACUGGCGAAUAACAACAUCAAGUUUUUGCCAAGGGACCUCUUUGCUGAUCUGGACUCUCUGAUUGAACUUGAUCUGCGUGGUAAUGCCUUCGAGUGCGACUGCAGAGCCAAGUGGUUAAUGAGCUGGUUGAGGAGCACCAACGCCACCGUGUCCGAGGUCUUGUGCGAGGGCCCCGAUGAGAUGAAGGGCAGGCGGCUGAAUGACCUGGUCAGCCUACGCGACGACUGCAUCUCCACAGAUUUUGUCCUCCAUCAGUCAGUGGCGUCAGAGUCUCUGUCAGUGGAUACCUUCUUAUACAAGAACGGGGUCUACGUGGCCAUCGCCGCCCCCAAUGUGGAAAGCUGCAUGAUCAUGGAGUGGGACCAUAUCGAGAUGAACUUCAGGAGCUAUGACAACAUCACCGGUCAAUCAAUCGUUGGAUGCAAGUCCAUCAUCAUUAACAAUCAGGUCUUCGUCAUUGUGGCCCAGCUUUUUGGUGGCUCCCACAUCUACAAGUUUGAUGAAGACCAGAGCAAGUUCACCAAGUUUCAAGACAUUGAGGUGUCCAGGAUCUCCAAGCCCAAUGACAUUGAGACUUUUCAGAUUGGCAAUGACUGGUUCUUUGUGAUCGCAGACAGUUCCAAGGCCGGCCUCUCCACUCUCUACAAGUGGAAUGACAAAGGCUUUUACUCCAGUCAGUCCCUUCAUGAGUGGUUCCGGGACACAGAUGCAGAAUUUAUUGACCUGGAUGGGAAAGCCCACCUAAUCCUGGCCAGCCGUUCCCAAGUCCCUGUGAUCUACCAGUGGAGCAGAAGUGCUCAGAAGUUUGCUCUACAUGGUGAGAUUCCUAACAUGGAGGAUGUGGUGGGCAUCAAGUCUUUCCGGAUCAAGGAGGAGCUCUACUUGGCCAUGACACGCUACAUAGGUGACUCAAAAGUCCUCCGAUGGACCAAUAAGCAGUUCACAGAGGUGCAGGCCCUGCCCUCGCGAGGAUCCAUGAUCAUGCAACCCUUCUCCUUCAAGGACAGGCAUUACCUGGCCUUGGGUAGCGAUUAUACCUUCUCACAGAUAUACCUGUGGGAUAUGGAGAAGAAGAUGUUUGAGAGGUUCAAGGAGGUGUACAUCCAGGCACCACGUUCCUUCACGGUGGUGUCCACAGACCGUCGGGAUUUCCUCUUUUCUUCCAGCUUCAAAGGUAACACCCAGAUCUUUGAGCACAUCAUCAUUGAUUUGAGUUUGUGAGCCCUGCUGAGGACAGAAAUUGUUCCAUCAUAUUCCAUCAUAAUACUGAGGGAAUGAAAGCGAGACGUGGCAUUUAUCAGGUACUGUAUUCAUUUACAAUCUAUGUUUCCUGCAUUUGUAUAGAGGUUUUAAUGAAAUUAGUGUCUCAUUUGCUGCAUUUUAACUAUUUGAUACGCACAACAACUUGUACUUCAUGCUAACAGAAGCGGAUUGUCACACACAGCCUUUUUUUCGUUGUCCUAACCAGUCACUUGAGGAAAGUAGUGUUUUCGUUGUGAGACUCAAACUGCCACAGUUUCCAUGGUUACAGUAGAUGCCUUAUUUGUAAAAGGGAUGCGAGUUCUGCCUGUUAGCAUUUUCAUCUUUUUCGUUGUGAUCAGGAAUUCCUCUCUCCUGGAGUGUCACUGUAAGAAGGGUGGGGCCCCACUGAGCACAAUCUAUCACCAACAAAGCUCACCAUUUGAUGUACGGUUUUACACAAAACGUUCGGGGGGGGGGGGGGUCUUUUAUUAAACUGCUUUUUGUUUUUAUUAUAUCUUUGUUGUAGGCCGUUCCAUCUACGGAAGAGUAAGCUUAGUAAAUCACCUUAUAAGUUGGGUCUAAGGCUGCCUGUUCUAACCCUAUCCUGCUCAUUCCAGAUCAAUGUGAUCUGGGGGAUAGAAUAUUGGCCCUAACCCUAACCCUAACACUUUACUUGUAGGGGUGCAAAUAACUUACUCGGUUACUACUCAAGAACAAAUCAUGAACAGAUAUAAUUCCUGUAUGAAAUAUAUGAACCAUCAUGAUUAAUUAUUCAGAUUCAGAAUACUUUAUUGAUCCCUGAGGAAACUAUAUUAAUGAUGAAUGAACAUGGGAUCAGUAGGUAACUAACACUUAGUCACUAGUUAAUUAAUACAUUAAGUAAUGGUGUACUAUUACAUUGUGUCCCCUUAAAUAAGAGUUACCGAAUGCAGUAUAUACACUGUUUAUCUAUCAAGAGUGUCAGGAAGGUGACAAUGAGGAGUCAGCUGGCAUCAUAUCUGGAAGCAAUUGAAAGCGAAAGCAUUUAUUGGGUGUAAGUAGUAAAGAGUAUGAUAUGCAUACAUAGUCUCAAAGAAUCCCUCAUAGAUAUAUCCCUAUAUUAUGAACAUGAUCCUACUUCCUGCUGUCUUUUCUACCAAGUUGUAACAUAGACUGGGGUAAUUCAGUCAUGGAAGAGUUUUGUUCCAACAGAUUGUCGUUGUAAAUUACGAAUGCCGCUUGUCAGUUCAUGGCUACAAAAUGUGCUUUUAUGUUUGCUUGUAAGUCAAAGGUGUACCUUUCAUAAAAGCAGCAGUAUGUUUUGACAGAAAUGAUGUGAAGCGGCGUUUCACAUGUAGACCAAAAGAGCGUUUUGUUCUCUGAAGUGUAAUUACAGCCUGCGGACACUAUGGCACUCAGGAGUUGAAUGGACCAGACUUACAUAGUUGUUUAGAAGACUUUUCAGUCCAGGACAGGUUAGGUUAUUGUUUUGCUGUAAUAUUUAUACAGUCAAAUAUGGUACCUUAAAAAAAAUCAAGUCAAGAGUCCAACAGAAGAACCCAUCCUGGAAUGUGAGCCUUCAGAACUUUAAAAUUUGCGUCUUUUAUAAAUUACUGAGCCGUCUGAGUUCUCAGUUUUUUUAAAACAAUAUAAUGACAAAUUGCCAGUGUGGACCUGCAGUAAGCCGAGCGCCUUUUUUACUCAGUACAUCCCAUAGUUUGCCAUGUGUCCCGGAAUGGAAUGGGAGCAGAACACUGAUGUAAAUACUUAGACAGUGACAAAGAUUCAGAGCUUUACUAAUAUUUGACAAAAUGUUUAGGCCCUUGUCAUCUCCAGCAAGAGUUUGAAAACUGUCCUGGAAAAGGGAAUGUGUUUCUCCAGAUUAUAAAUUAUUUUAUCUUACAAUACUAUAAGUGAUUUAAUUUAUACAGUACAUGGGCACCAUGAGAUAUUUCAAAAAAAGCAGUGAUCGUUUGACAUCCUUCGUCCCAAUGUGUAAAAACAUUACAUGUUUCUAUAUGUCUUGCCACUUGGCAUGCUUCGUCAGAGAUUUGCAAAUGACCCAGAAUGCAAUGCAGCUUCUAAGAGCAUGUCACUUAAAACUGAAUGAACAAAACAUUCAAGUUUGUAACUUCUAAUUUAAAUCGUGGAAUAAUCUGUACGGAAUCUGUUACUGUUCUUGCUCACACUGCAGUUCCCUGAUAUUAUAACUUGUGAUACCAAUUGAUCAAAUAUGCAAGUUGUAUGAGGUGUACAUUGUUUUAUAUCAUGAUAGAAAUAUGAUUUAUGCUUACUGAAUAUUAUCCUUGAAAUGAUGACGAUUCUUUAGUCCAAAUAAAGAUGCUUAUGUUUAA